ACGAUAGCGGUGUUGCGCUUGACAGCUGCAGGCUUCAAAGUUCUGUACACUUUGUUCGGAAUGUUGAGUUCGAUUAUUUAGCGUUUUUCUUCAACAAUGAACUUAGAUCUGGGCAGUAUUUCAAAGCCGUUGUGUUACCCCUUAGCUUACGAUCCAUCUUUUAAGGUGGAAGUGCGACUUCAUGAACCCCUGUGGAAGGUGCAGUUUUCUCCAGAUGAUGUUGCGCUUGAGCUCCUUACUUUGUGCUCGCAACUGGAAGCACUGUGUAGGAGAGAAUACUCGACUUCCACAGGAAAGGUAGACAGUGCCCAUAAAGUAGAAUACCAGAGCAAAUUUGAGCCAAAAGCUAAGGUACUGAUUGAAAAAAUGAGGGAAAUGCUUCACUUCCUUCCUGUGCCAAGACCAAACAUUAGGGAGUACAUUCGCCAAACAGGGCUGAGCAUGUUAUUCCCAAAGGUUACUUCCUAUCUGAACAACCCUGAGAGGCCAGCAUUCCUGAACCAGAAGUCUGCUAUGGACGGCUAUUUCCACCAGUUUGCCAUGCUAAACCAAAUGGUCACACUAUGCCAUCAGCUAAACAGUGACGCCUUCAACCUCACUAACCACAAGUAUAUAGCGCAUCAGGUGGCUUUAUUAUAUCAAGCAGUGAAUCAAGGAGGAAGCUCCAUGGCAGACUACAAGAAGGCAAUCGAAGACAAUUUCAAGCCACUGAAAGCUAGUCUUCAUGUCACUGACAAGGAUGCUGUCCCAAAGUUGCCACAGAAUCAGAAAGAGUGGAUUAGCACCAUCACAUCAUCUAUUCUAGACCAGGUGUCAUCCCUCCCUCAGUGCUUCACAGCUCCUCUCAUGUCAACCAUGGUAUUUGUAGAGCAACACAGGCAGUGAGGCAAUAAUAUGAGCCACAGUUGUAUCACAGGUUUACAUGAAGUAUGGUAGCCAAAGGGGGAGCUUUUUGUAGUUUUAUAAAGAUUUGUAUGGUUGCUGUUUUUGCCUGAAGCACUAUACAAAAGGAACGUUUUUGUUGAUCAUGAACAAUAUUGUCAUCAUUAUCAUGCCAGCACCUCCUUCUACCGUCUCUUUCUAUUUUUUGGAGUUUCAAGAUACAAAUAAUCACACCUAAUGACUUCCAGCUGUUUGAAGUGAAUGAAGUUGCACACUAAUGUCUUGCAACGUGAUCGUGAUUGUGGUUAUAGGUACAUAGACCUUGUAAAUAUGUAAGGUGGGGUGCAAAGAAAUCUGAUUCGUAAUAUUUAAAUAUUAAUUGUUCAUUUUCACAGAAAAAAAGAAGCGUGAUUUUAUUUUAUUGUAGCCAAAUAAGGUUAGUUUAUUGUAAUCUAUGAUUCAAAGUUGGAUUUAUUUAAUCAGGUAUAUUCACAAUAAAUAGACUAAGAAAAUAAUGAAAA